AUGAGGGAUCCCUGCGAGGGUCCUGGGGAGAAGGAAGAGCAGGAGGAAGGGGCGGCGGCCACUGGGCAUCCUGCAGAAGUCCUGGAGGCCAAGUGUUCAGACGUGGAUUCGGACUCUGACCUGGAGACAGAAGGCACCCAUAAGCUUGGAGAACUGGUUAAGGAUACCCUCUACCUGAGGUCUUGCCAGGCCCACAAUGUCGUGCCUGCCUCCUGCUUCCUGCGCCAAGGGAGCGCCCCAGAGCUCAACCUGCGGCACCGUGGCCUGGGUCCCCAGGGGGCCCGGGCUCUGGCUUCCUCACUGACAUCCAAUCCCUACAUCAAGCGGCUGGACCUUCGAGACAAUGGACUCUGUGGGGCUGGCGCUGAGGCCCUGGCAGGUGCUCUGAGCAAAAACAGCAGCAUCAGUGAUGUGGACCUGUCGGAGAACCAGCUGGGAGCCGUGGGAGCCCAGGCUGUCUGUGCCGCCCUGGUGAUGAACCCAGCCAUUCAGCGGGUACAGCUGGCAGGGAAUGGCCUGGAAGAACAAGCAGCCCAGUACCUGGCUGAACUCCUACUGGCCAACACAGGCCUGAAAUCCCUGGACCUGAGCUAUAACCAGCUGAAUGACCAAGCAGGGGAAACACUUGGACCAGCCCUGGCAGAAAACGCAGGACUCACGGAGCUUAACAUGAGCUGGAAUCACCUGCGAGGCUCAGGAGCCGUGGCCUUUGCCAGGGGACUGGAGGCCAGCAUCUUCUUGAGGGUCCUGGACAUCUCAUACAAUGGCUGUGGAGAUCCUGGAGCCUCUGCAGUGGGGGAGGCUCUCAAGACCAAUAACGUGUUGGAGGAGCUCAAUCUUAGCAACAACCGCAUUUCUGCAUUGGGAGCUCUGAGCCUGGGCCAGGGUCUGCGGGUCAACCGGACACUGAGGAUUCUUGUUGUAUCCAGGAAUCCCAUGCGAAGUGAGGGCUGCUCUGCUCUUCUGAAGUCUGUCUGGGCCAACCCACUGUCUGCCGCAGAACUGCUGGAUUUCUCUGAUAUCCAGGUGAACAGAGAGUUUGAUGACCUUGCCGGUUCACUGAAGCUGAUUCUUCCAAGGCUUUGCAUAAAGACAGCUGCCCACAGAGUGGAGUACAGAAAAGAACUGCUGCCCAUCUUCAGACCAUCUACAUGAUUGUGGAGUGUGGUUUCCUCACCUCUCCCAUCAGCCACAUCAACUUCCUGAUGCUUUUUAACACUUGAGUCUGCAUGGAGUCCCCAUGUCAACCAGGUGGUAAGUCCCACAGAGGCGGCCUUCAUGGUGGCUCAAACAUUUGUACUACUCAGGACCUUCCUUUGCUCUCACUCAUUCAUGUAAGAGAAACUUGUACUAUAGACUACACAAUGAGCUGGGCAUUGGGCCCAGAUGCCCAAGAUCUGGCACAUGAUUAAAAUAUCAGGUGAUGUGCAACCGGCAUUCCCAAACACCACUAUGAAUAAUGCAAACUGACACAGCCUUUUCAGAAGGCAAUUUAUUAAGCACUGAGAACUUAAAACUGCCUGCCUAGGAGUUCCCGUCGUGGCUCAGUGGUUAAU